AUGCUAAGUAGUGGGGAGAAAAUCUUUAUGGCUCUGGCAACUGGAGAAUCUCUAUUGGGCAUUCUGGCAAAUGGAUUCAUAGUUCUGGUGAACUGCAUUGACUGUGUCAAGAGCAAGAAACUGCCACCAAGUGAUCUCAUCCUGAGCAGCUUGGCCAUCUCCAGAAUUGGACUGUCAUGUGCAAUAAUAUGGAAUAUCUAUUUAAUUUUAGUCACUUUUGAUGUACCCACUCACAUAAGAAUAAUUGAUGUCUUCUUGGUAAUGAGUUACAAUUCAAAUAUUUGGUUUGCCACUAUCCUCAGCAUCUUCUACUUCCUGAAGAUUGCCAACUUCUCUAAUCCCCUUUUCCUCUGGAUGAAAUGGAGAAUUGACAGAAUGGUCUUCAUGCUUCUUUGGGGACCCUUUAUUAUCUCUUUGGCCAUUAUCUUUCCAAUGAUGGAGAGAAUGCGUCAUUAUUACAGCAGCAUAUUUAGUGGAGGAAAGGAGAGAAAUGUAUCCCAGGAGGUGCAAGUGAAUAAACGUAUGUUCCUCAUGCUCCAGGUUCUCUUUGGCUUUCUGAGUCUUAUUCCUUUUAUCCUAACUACAGUCUCCUUCUGCCUACUCAUCCUCUCCCUGUGGAGGCAUACCCAGCGGAUGCAACUCAAUGCCACAGGUUCCAGAGACCCUAGCACAAAAGCCCAUGUUCAAGCCAUGAAAACAGUGUCUUCCUUCCUCAUCCUCUUUUUAUUGUACCAUAUGAGUUUCUUUCUCAAUUACUGGAACCGCUCAGAGGCAAAGAGUAAGCUGACUUCUAUGUUGGGUAUGUCAAUCAUGUUGCUAUAUCCCAUUGGCCACUCAAUGAUCCUGAUUCUGUGGAACAGUAAGCUGAAGCAGGCUUCCCUCUGGGUGUGGCAGCAAGCCCUGCUGUGGCUCAGAAAAGGAAAACCUUAG